AUGGCAAACAUUCUCGAUGUUGCGACGGAGGACAACCUUCAAUACCAUUUCUUCCCGAUUGCAAGUGGCUCCGUCCAGUUCAAGAUAAGAGCACCCAAUGACGCUCAUAUUGCUCUUACCAUGGGCCCUCAGGAAUCUGACCCCAUGGUUGAGGUAUUCAUCGGUGGUUGGGGCAACACAAAGAGUGUAAUCAGGAGGAACAGAACAAAACCUGAGAAGGCUGAAAUCGACACACCCAACAUUCUUAACGGUGGAGAGUUCCGUGGCUUUUGGGUGCGUUGGGACGGUGGCAUUAUUUCAGCUGGUCGCGAAGGAGAAGCCAUUCCUUUCAUUUCUUGGCAAGAUCCAGAACCAUUCCCCAUUGGUUUCGUCGGUGUCUGCACCGGCUGGGGAGCUAGUGGCACAUGGAAGAUUGAAGAUGGAGCCGAGUUCAAUACUCCGGACAAGUUAGAGUAUAAAUUCGGGCCAGUGGCGGCAGGAUCUUUGGAAUUCGAAUAUCGAGGACCUCACAAUUGCCACGUCUGUUUGACAUCGGCACCCGCAGAAAUCGAUCCAAUGUACGAAGUCAUCCUUGGCGGCUGGGAAAAUACACAAUCUGUGAUCAGACACUGCAGACAAAAACCGGAUAAGGUUACCGUUCCAACACCGAGUCUUAUGAACGCCAAUGAGUUUAGGAAGUUUAUCUUCGAAUGGCGCUGUGGCAGAUUGACCGUCCGCGACGGAAGAACCGGGGCAAUUCUCAUGGAAUGGGUGGAUCCAACACCUUUCCCUGUAUUGCACUUCGGUGUCCGCACCGGUUAUGGUGCAAGGGGCAAUUGGCGUAUUUCUCAUUUCUACAAAGGGAACGCGCAGCCACUGCUCCCACCACCAUCGGCUCCUUCCGCUGCUGCUUUAUACAGCCCUCCUCCCGGCUACCCCGGCGUCGCUCCAGUACCUGGAUCAGGUGCUUCUGGCGUGUGGGUCGAUGCUACCUCCGGACAAGUUCCUCCAGGCGCGGUUGUAGGCGGCCAAGAUUGCUCCGGCGAAGCUUUAUACGUAGCUAGAGCGCAACAUGAAGGGGCACUACUCCCUGGAAAACUUGUAGGGUCCCACGGCUGCGCCUAUGUUCCGUGGGGUGGACAAGAACACGGAAAACCUGAAUAUCAGGUUCUAGUUGGAGGUCCUAACAACUGGAUUGCAACCAGCGGUUCCAACAUUCCCCCCGGAGCCUUACCGGGAGGGCAAUCGGAAGAUGGCGAGACUUUGUACGUGGGCAGAGUGAAUCACGAAGGCAGUCUCACAACUGGAAAAGUUCAGCAGUCUCAUGGCGUUUGCUAUAUUGCAUUUGGAGGCCAAGAACUCGGCUUCCCUGACUACGAAAUCCUCGUCCAAUAA